UAUGGAUUUGUCGAUGAAAACAAUAUAAAUGAUAUCGUUGAGAUAAAUGGCAGACAGGUAGUCGAUGCUUUAUCGAUCGAUGAAGAUACCAAAGAGAAAAAGGUCGAAUUAUUGCUUGAAGAAGAAAUUUUGGAUGAUACAUUCAUUCUAGAUAACCAUGAAUUUCCAUUAGAAUUGAUAAUAACAGCAAAAGUGCUAAUGAUGGAUAAAGCCCAGUUCCGAUUGGUGAAGAAGUCAGGAAACUUUCCGGAACCCGAAAUGUCGUCUGAAAUAAAAAAUCCACUUUUGAGAAUUCUAGAAAAGAGACUCUCUGAUUACAAAACUUCAAUAGCUGAAGAUGAAGAAAUAUUGAAAAGGCAAGAAGUUUCAUUGAGAUUAAGGUAUGCUGUAAUGUUAAGAUUAAGCGAAAAAAGAAUACUUCAAAAACAUAUAGAUUAUCUUAAGUCGUUUAAAGUUGAGGAUAACAAUGAAGGAGGUAGUAACAAGAGAAGAAAGCUGAAAUAG